AUGCGUGGUGCAUCCUGGCUGUUUGUCGUCCUUUCGGCCGUCCUCUGCGGCAGCGCUGAAGAGGCGUCCACGGUGGGCGACGAGAAGAACGUCACUGUCGACCAGGACACAGCCGUCAGCGAUGACGGAGUCACAGUCGUCGAGCGAGGUCUGAUAGGCGGAGGCCCCGACGAUGAGGACGUGCACCUCGACGCGCCUGGCCUUCUUACGAAGUAUGGGUAUCCGGUCGAAACAUAUGAAGUGACGACUGAAGAUGGCUACGUACUGACAAUGUUCAGGAUUCCCUAUGGCAAAAAAUCGCCUUUGACGGAAGGAGAACGCAGACCAGCAGUCCUUCUCCAGCACGGUCUCAUGAACAGCGCCGACGACUGGUUAAUCAUUGGUCCAGACAGGGCUCUCGGGUACAUUUUGGCUGAUGCUGGAUAUGACGUUUGGCUGGGCAAUAUUCGUGGUAACUGGUACUCACAGAAGCAUCAGGAUUACUCUCCAAAAAAAGAUAAAUUCUGGAAAUUCAGCUGGCACGAGCAUGGUAUUUAUGACAUGCCGGCGCAGAUAGACCACGUUUUAAAUGCCACUGGCCACAAGCAAAUAUUUUAUAUUGGGCAUUCCAUGGGAACGACCAUGUUCUACGUCGGAAUGUCUUUGAAGCAUGACUACAACGAAAAAAUUCGGGCAAUGUUCAGCCUGGCACCAAUUGCUUUCAUGAACCACAUGAAGAGCCCGCUGUUCAGAAUUUUAGCACCUUUAACAUCCGUUGUCCAGACGAUCCUGAAACUAAUUGGAGCUACGAGGUUUGCUCCUAGCCCAGAGUUAAUAAAACGUAUCCAACCGAAAGUCUGUCAGAGCAACGUUAUCACCGAGAGAAUAUGUAGAAAUAUAGUAUUUCUCAUCUGUGGCUUCGAUAAUGAUCAAGUUAUUGACGAAAAAUUAGGGGCAAUUUCAGCACAUAUUCCUGCUGGAUCUUCUAUUAGGCAAUUCAUACAUUAUGCACAAGGCAUAGCCAAAGGUCACUUUAGGCAAUACAAUUAUGGCAUCUUAAAAAAUUUCAAGCGUUACGGUAAGGCCACGCCGCCUGACUACAACCUUGCGAACGUCACUGCACCGGUCUAUCUUUUCUACGGGCCUAACGACUGGCUCGCUGGACCGACGCCUGUGGACUUCAAAGUUUCAAAUCUGUGCCACCCUACAUUUAUAAUUGAUUCGAUGAUAGUAGCAAAGGACAUCGAUCGUUUGCACAAUCAACUUGGAAAUUCAAAAGAAAAGAACAUGAUUGAAUUUCCGAAAUUUAACCACUUGGAUUUUAUAUAUGGCAAAGACGCAUAUGAUUUUGUGUACAAACCAGUUUUGGACGUGAUGAACAGUUAUGAAAAAGGAACAAAAUGA